AUGGACCGCGUGCUUCUGAAAUGCUACUCUACUGAAGCAAGCAAAUCUCCCACUGGAGUGGUGUUCAUGAAUAUGGGUGGGCCCAAUAAAAGCUCAGAAACCUAUGACUUCCUUAACAGGCUUUUUUCUGAUAAAGACUUGAUUCCGUUGGGCCCCUUCCAAACCUUCACAGCCAAGUUUAUUGCUCGCCAAAGAACCGGGUCCGUGGCUGAGAAAUAUGACGAGAUCGGUGGUGGGUCCCCCAUCAGGUAUUGGUCUGAGUACCAGUCGGAAAAAGUUUGCAAGAGGUUGGACGAGAUCAGCCCCGAGACAGCCCCACACAAACCUUACGUCGCUUUCAGAUAUGCCAAACCAUUGACGGAAGACAUGUUGGAGCAGAUGAAAAAAGACGGCGUCACCCGUGCCGUUGCGUUCUCUCAGUAUCCCCAAUGGUCAGCCUCUACGUCGUCUUCUUCCAUGCACGAGUUGUGGCGCCAGACACAGAUUGUGGACCCAGAGAGAUCCAUCAAAUGGUCGAUGAUUGACAGGUGGCCCAAGGACAAGUGCCUAGUGAACCCAUUCGCCAAGCUCAUUCAGGAAAAAAUCAACGAAUUCCCAGCCGAGGAUAGAGAGAAGGUAGUCAUUUUGUUUUCUGCUCAUUCAUUGCCAAUGCAGAUCGUGAAUCGUGGUGACUCGUACCCAGCCGAGGUUGCAGCCUCUGUGUACGCCGUGAUGGAAAAGUUGAACUUCAGCAAUCCAUACAGAUUGGUAUGGCAGUCCAAGGUUGGCCCGAAGCCAUGGUUGGGUGCUCAGACAGACAAGGUGGUGAUGAAAUUGGAGUUGAGCGAGAACAUCAAGGGAAUUGUGUUGGUGCCAAUCGCAUUCACUUCUGACCAUAUUGAAACCUUGCAUGAAUUGGACAUCGAAUUACAGGAGGAAGUCAAAAAUCCAGACAUGAUCAAGAGAGCGGCCUCCUUGAACGACAAUGAGGAGUUUAUUUCUGGGUUGGCUGACUUGGUGAAGAACCACCUUGAGUCAGGCCAGCUUUACUCAAAACAAUUGGAAUUGGACUGGGAAUUAAGCAAGCAAUGGACCUCCAAGACAUUCUCUCACCCCAGAGAGUUGUUUGGUGACCAUUCGAAAGAUGCCAAGAAGAACUAA